AAAAAAAAAAAAGUUUGAAAUGGGAGAGUUCCUAUCAGUUUAAUUAAUCACCUAUUAAGUGAAACCACUCUGCAUUGACAGAAGCAUUGAGGAAUGAAAGUAAAUAAACACGCCUCUGCUCCCCUCCCUGCAGGUGCUGCUGCGCCCUGGGGCAGGAGCCAGCAGCCAGCACCACUCCCUGUUCUUCCCAACUAUUCCUUUGGCAGAGGGUCCUCAACCCCCCCUGGCCCUGGUAACCAAGAGGGGAAUUCCUGGAACACUAAAGGAAACCAUCCUACAAAGCUAAAUAUCCUGGAUAACCAAGGGGAAAUUUUCUGUUAGACAAUGUAGGAAUUUCCACGUAAGGACUCAGGGCAAGUCCUUGACAGCAAAGGGGGAAAUAUUCAGGGCAUUUCCAGAAAGCAAUGGGGGAAUUUCCUACAAGGCUAUUAGGGGGAUAGCCUAGAAAUAGAAGGAGGGAAAUUUCAUGAAAGCAAGGAGGAAAUUGCCUCAAAUACUUGGGAAAUUCCUGAAAGGCAGAAGUAAUAUUGCUUAAGAAAGUAACAGUGGUAUUUCUGAAAGGGGAAAUUUCCCAGAAUGCAAAGAAGGAAUUGCCUGGAGAGGAUGAAUGAUAUUUCAUGGGAAAUAAUUUCUUGCUUUCCAGUGUCAGGAAAUUCCACAAAGGCCAGAGGUACAUGUCCAAAAAGGAGACAGAGGAAUCCUCUAAGUUCAUUGGAACAGGGGAACAGAGUCCACCAGGGCACACAGCUGUGGGGUUUUCUCUCUCCAGGUUUCAGAGGGCACAGCCUCUUUCUAUCCUAAACUCCCGGCCCCGUUGCCCUCUUCCUUUCCCCAUUGGCUGAGGCAUUAGGAAGGCACAGCCUUCCUGACCCACCUACCACACAUCCCCCCUCGAACCCAGUGUGCUACCCCAAAGCUCAGAAACUCAGGCUGUGCAUUCCCUUGUGUGUGUCAGGAGCUCUGCAGCAAACCUGCUGCCCAAAGGCAGCAGAGACACUGGGACCCACUGCAAACACAUGGACACCCACACCUUCACCCAUCAAAUUGUAAAGGCAUCAGCUUUCCUCUCAAUCUCCCCUCUUCUUAUUUCUUGUCUUUACAAGCCCUAGUUCUUAUUAACUCAACCCCUUUUAACAACCUGAACCGUUUGAAACUCCCCCUCCUGACUUUUCUACAGUGAUCCCUGCUCCAGGUGUGGCAAGUAAAUACAGAGAAUAAAGGAGACAAGGACAGUUCAGAUGAGUCCAUCCAUCACCACAGGGUCGUGGAUGUGGCUGCUGCCAGCCUCAGUCUCCCAUCCUUUCCUUCCAGAUGAGAAAUCCAAAACUCUGCAGGGUUCUGAGACCUUGACCAGGUGUGAGGGGUGCCCCCAUGUCCAUCUGUCCUGGCUGCUGUCCUGCAGGAUGGCUGGGUGGGAUGGACAGCAGAGUCCAAAGGCAGCAUCUCUGACCUCAAAUAACUCCUAUAAGGGUCUCAAUGACCUCAAAUACCCCAAAUGACCUCACUUAACCCCUCUCAGGGACUGCAGGAGUACCUGGAAAGGCUGACCUGGAACAGCGAGCAGACACAGCAAAAGGGAUAAAACAGGAAUUGACUGAAAGGAUUCACCUUGGGCAGUGCAGGAGCCCAGCUAGGGUUUUUACAGUUUUAUCUGUUUUGGUUCAUCCACACAUUGGGGUCAAUUGUCCAACCACAGCCCCAGGCUAUAAAGUCUCAGCCCCCUUUCCCUCACCCUUGUUUUUGGUUUUUGGGUACCAGCUGUCCUUGAUUCUCCAGCUGGGAAGGGAUUGGUUCGUCCAACCACCCUGUGACGAGAACUUACACCUAACACAAAGUUUCAGAGUUACACACCAAGCAGCAGAGAACCUGAAAAAUAUCAAAGCAUCAUAUAAAAUAUAAAGGCAUCAUUUUCCCCCUUUAGAGGCUUGACAAGGCCUUUAGCUUGUCAAGUCUCUAUUCCAAAUAUCUACUAAUAAUAGGUAUUUUAUAGCAGAUAAAUAUCUAACAAUAGUAAGCAACUAGCAACAGAUAAAUAUCUAAUAGUAAAUAAAUAUCUAACAAUGUAUAACUAUCUAAUAACAAUACAUAUCUAACAGUAAAUAACAGAUAAGUAUCUAACAGUAAUUAACAAUAACAGUAAACAAUAAUGAACAAUAAUAAAUAUCUUAACAGUAGUAGUGUCCUGUAGUGUCGGGUGUUAUGCAAAGGAAAAUAAUUAUUAUCCUGAACAGUUCUUUAGGCAUAGAAGAGGAAUCAUUUAAAGCAUGUUUUCUUCUGCAUCAGUCUCUGUUUUUACAGUUGUUUCAGGAGCAGAAGGUCUCUUAACUCUGGAGUAGUGAAUCCAAGUCCUUUGCCAGCAGCUGUGAGUGCAGCGAGGGUGGUCAGCAGAACCUGGAAUGGUCCUUUCCCCUGGGCUUGUAGAGGAUCACUGUCCCACCACCUCACACAGCCCCAGUGGGACUGGAGGGGAUGUGCAGGUGUGUCCAGUCUUGUAGGUCUGGAUGCAAGUCUGGAGCUCCUUCCUCCUCAAGCUUCACCAUUUUCAAUUCGUCAGAUCUGGCUGAGUCCACACAAUCUGGAGGUUUGGGUCUUUGCUCACCUUGCUGCACAGAUUGACUCACAGGCUGCUCACGAGGCCCUGCCAGCUCCUCUCCAUUCUGUGUGGAGCUCAGCUCCUCCUUAGGGAAGGUCUCACUCUCCCUCACCUCCUCACCUCCAGGGUCCAGAGACCCUGGGCCUCUCUGUUCCUGUGCAGUGUUUGGGGAUGCUUUUUGUCCCAUCCCCAUCCACCUGCUCUUCACACAUCUCUUCUGUUCCCAUCUGCUCAGCAUACUGUUUUCCAUUCUUGACUUUUGGCACGAGAUCCCCUUUAAGGAACUCUGCUGCCUCUGGGGUUGAAGAGCAUGGUCAGUGACAGUCAUGUCCUUCUCAGCUUUCCAAAGCUUGUAAAGCUCUGGCUGGUGCUUCCUCUCAACACAUCCAUGGAGAUUUCACUGUGUCCUUCUGACAUGAACACAGCACCAACUGCUUCCCAUGCUCCAUCCACCGAAGACAGGCAAAGUUGGUAGACCCAGCACAGUUAAGGCCAUGGUUAAAGCAGCAUGGGAGCUCUAAGGAAAGGUUCUCAUGGACUCCCCAGCAUCCUGUGUCACCUUAUCAAAUGGAAUUCAGUAUUCAGAACUGAUGGAGAGAUGAGAGUCAUCUCGUGAUGGAGAAAUGCUUCACAGCUUUGGGCACUUCCUGGGAAAAAAACCCCACACUCUGGAGAGAUGGAAUACCAUGACUUGGGUUCCCUAAAAUGCAAGUAAUUCCAAAUGACCUCAAGUAACCCCUACCAGGGACUCAGUGAACUUCAAAUAUCCAGAAAUCACUUCAAAUAACCCCUCUCAGGGACCCCAUGACCUCAAGCAGCCCCAAAUGACUUUAUGUAACCCCUGUGACCUCAAGAACCCCUAAGGUUCUGCCCCCUGAGCUCUCAGGGGGAGCAGCCUGCAGCACCCCACAGCAGCACAUCACAACCAGGCUGGCAGGGAUGUGAAGCAGACUCUCCCCCAGCUUCCUUCCUUCCCUGGUCCCUCCAUUCAUCUCCUCGAGGAGUUGGCUCCUCAGCAGCAGGGUCUGAGCAAGCCAGAGAACUCACCUGGGAAUGGCAGCCCUUCAAUCGUGCCACACACAGUCAGUAGCGAGUCUUAAACUGGGUUAAAAAAACCCAAAAGUGAUUAAUACUGUCACAUAAAGUAUAAAAUAUAAAAAGUAUAAAACAGCCCAGUGGACACAAGCCAACUUACUGUUCACAUCUCGUUCUUCCUGGCCUCUCCCAACCCUGUACAACGUGUUUGAAGGGAAUGGGCAAAGGCAGCUGUGAAGAUCACACACAGUGGUAAUUCACAUACACCCAGAUUCACCAAUAAUGGUUGAAUAAAACCUGCCCAUCUUUCCUACCUAUCAAAAGAACAUUUGAAGAAUUGUUCCCCCUUUGGCAUAAAAUUCAAAUCAAACAGAGAAGUUCCCAUGUCCCACUUCCCAGUUCAGCAAGGGCUCUGGUGUGGUGAGCCCCUGGCAUAACAGAAGAUCCCGAUAUCCUUAACAAUCCAUUUCUAAUGUUCAUUUUUACAAAUGGCACAUUGAUUCAUUCCCAAUCACUGUCCUGGUGGCCUCCCCCUUCCCUUUGGUCCUGGGGCUCCCUGCACUUUUUCCCAUUGGGGGUUGUAAAAACUGUGCCAUUAUUAUUGCCUGUACUUUUACCUUUUCCUCAUCCCUUCUUUCAUAUCUUUCAUAUACCUGAGAUGCCUUUCUAAACAAUUCCCACAAGGGAAAGGGAACAAGGGCCCACUCAGCCUCCUCUCCAGCCCCUGCUUCUGCUGCCUGUGGGCUCUUACUCCCCCACAGCUGCCAAAUUCUUUGCAAAAUCACUUUCCUCCCAGUGACUCUAACAAAAUCCCUUCUCGUAUCAGGCCAGGCUUUGGUGACACCUCGUCUCUCACAGCGUGUACCACAGUCAGUCCCUGUGCCUUUCACUGCUCACCAAACCGCUCCCACCCAGCCGCAGCGCCCGGACACCCCCACGGCCCCGGCCGGGCCCCCGGGCCCCUCUCCGGCAGCAGCUCUGUGGGGCAGCAGGGGCUGGCACAGCUCAGCGGGGCUGGCACAGCUCAGCGGGCACAGCCGGCAGUGCCCAGCACGGACAGAACAUCCCGCACCCCAGGGACGGACAGACGGACGGAAUUCCCCCACCCCAGGGAUGGACAGAUGGACGGAAAUCCCGCAGCCCAGGGCUCGGGCUGAGCCUCGGCUGUCACAGCCUCCCCCAGGGCCCAGCCCUGCUGCCCUCCUGUGCUCUCACAUCGGGCACUCCUCACCGCAGAAAAACCCCAUAAAUCCCCAACGGGAACUGGACAAACCCAAAUCCUGCACCCGGCUCCAUAAUGGCCCGGGAAGGGGUGGGGGUGUGGGAACACCACCUCCCUGUUUUCCCUCUCCUGGAAGCCGGGAACACAAACGACUUGCAGCUGGCCGGUAUCACACUGUAGAUUUUGAAGGUAAAGCAGAGAACUUUCCCAGUCCUCGGUGUUCUUUCCUUAUUGCCUGCUCUGGAGACCCUUUCUCAUUGCCCCCUCUGGGUGUCCAUAUCCUUAACUACCUCGGGGAGAAUGUACAAACCCAUUCAACAUUCCCCCAGAGGACCCUCUGAGGUAUUCUGGGAUCGUCAGCCCUACAGUCGAAACCUUUUUUAACCUUCCUUUGUUGCCCACCCUGAGCAUCCUGCCGUGUUUUAUCUCCCCAAGUUGUACUCACCGGUGAGAUUUGCCGAGACCCUCCUCCACUUUCCCUCACUAGCCCUUCUGGGCAUCCAUGUCCAGUGGUCCUUUCCUAUGGAGUGUUCACGGACGCCUCUCCUGUACCCGGCCAGUUCCCCAUCAGUGUCCUGGUGCUGGCCAGCGCCGAAGGGAGCUGCUCACCAGAACCGGGGCAGGCGCCUGCAGCUCCUCCUGCCCGACCUAGACGCUGGAAGGGUCCUGGACGAGUCACCAAUUGCCAGGAAAAUUCCACCAAAGCCAGAAGUUUGUGCCCAAAAAGGAGGCAGAGGAGUCCUCCAGAUUUAUUCAAAUAAAACGAGAAAGCCCACCGGGGCACACACGCACGGAAUUUUCUCUCUCCAGGUUUCAGAGGGCACAGCCUCUUUCUAUCCUAAACUCCCGGCCCCGUUGCCCUCUUCCUUUCCCCAUUGGCUGAGGCAUUAGGAAGGCACAGCCUUCCUGACCCACCUACCACACAUCCCCUCUCGAGCCCAGUGUGCUACCCCAAAGCUCAGAAACUCAGGCUGUGCAUUCCCUUGUGUGUGUCAGGAGCUCUGCAGCAAACCUGCUGCCCAAAGGCAGCAGAGACACUGGGACCCACUGCAAACACAUGAACACCCACAAAAUGUAAAGACAUCAGCUUUCCUCUCACCAGGGAGUUACAGUCAUGGGGAAAUUUCCCAGGAAAACAAUGGAAAUCCUCUAAGCAGUGGAGGAAAAUCGUAGACAGGAAUGGAAAACUCUAGAAAGCAACAAAGACAUUUCCCAGGAAACAAGGAGGAAAUAGCCUGCAAAGUGACUGGGAAAUUUCCUGGAGAGCAAAGGGGGAUUUUUUUAGGAAGGAAGUGGGAAAUUUCCUGGGAAACAAAAGGCAGUGUUCUCAAAAAUCAUGUAGAGUGCUUAGCAGGCAGGAGGGAUUUCCUGGAAAGAAGAAAUUUCCUCAAAAAUAAGCAGCACAUUGCGAAAAAAGCCGCAGUCCCGUGCUUCAGCCCCACUGACCCCUCCAUCCUUUCCUGGUCCUUGUGUAAGGAACUCGAGCUGCCUCUCAGGGAGUCUGGGUUGGUUCCACCGCUCCCUGCAGAGCUCGAAGGGCUCCGGGAAGAGCCGGGCAGUCGCUGCUGCUGCCCCUGACCCGCCUCUGUCGGGACAGGCGCUGGUUCGCCCCUGCCUCGGUGCCGAGCGCUGCCCGCCGCACUUUGGCCUUGAUCGGUCUGUCAUUUUUGGCAGCACGGGCUUAGUGCGCAAGCCAAGGCAGCCGGGAGAAGAAGGACUAAAACAAACAUUUGGAAUCGGCCCGGGGGUUUCCAGCCCCGGGAAGCCCCCGCUGGAGCGGGUGCGGCCGCAGCCCCACGCUCAGCGUUAGGUCCGUGCAUUUAUUGUAAUUGUUGAUAGUCUGGGAGGGGUUUGCGCCCUGCACAAGGGCUCCGCCCCGCCGGCAGCGGGACAGUUUCACUUUCGGAAGGGACACGUGAUUUCCAGGAAAAGGGGAGGGCAGCUACAGAACCGGGCAAGAGGCGGCCGCCCCCCGCCGAGAUCACCGCCCGGCACGGCUCGGCACGGCACGGCACGGCUCGGCUCAGCUCUGCGCACCCGGCACCAUGGCAGCGCAGGACAAGGAGGGGGAAGCCCAGAAGCUGCGGUUCGGACCGUGGCUGCUGAACGCCAUCAACAGCGGGAGCUACCGGGGGCUGCGCUGGCUCGACUCUGCCCGCACCAUCUUCCGCGUCCCGUGGAAGCACAACGCCAGGAAGGACAUCACCAGCAGUGACCUGGAGGUCUUCAAGGCCUGGGCAAAGGUCAGUGGGCGGUAUGAGGAAGGCUCCGAGGACCCGGCCAAGUGGAAGACCAACUUCCGCUGUGCCCUGAGCAGCACCCACCUGUUCAAGCUGGAAUACGACAAUUCCAAGCGUGGUGAUGACCCCCACAAGGUCUUCUCUGUUGUCUCAGGUACUCUCCUUUCAGCCACCCUCCAGGACACUAAGGAGGGAGAUUCCAGCAUCCUGCAGCAGGAGGGAGAUUCUGACAUCCUGAACCCUGUGGUGGCCCAGCAGGUGGCACAAGAGCAGCUGCAGCUGGAGCUCCAGCCCCAAGACAGGGCCUCAGCAAUCACUGUCCCAGAAAGCACCGACGCCACACAGCUCUUGAUUCUGGAGGAGCUGCUGCAGCAGUGUGGCAUCUCUCCCCGCAACUUUGGCUCGCAGGCCACAUCCUGGGAGCCCGCAGGUGGUUUCCCUGCAGGGGACACUCCUCACCAGGACACCCUGCUCCAGCCUCACCAGGACAUCCUACUCCAGCCUCACCAGGACACCCUACUCCAGCCUCACCAGGAUAUCCUGCUCCAGCCUCACCAGGACACCCUACUCCAGCCUCACCAGGACCAGGAGGCCUUGCUCCAGCCUCACCAGGAGGCCCUGCUCCAGCCUUAUGCAGACACCAGCCAAAACAGCUGCUUCCCUCCCACAACAUUUCCACAAUGGGUGUCCACGGUUGAGCAGCCCACCUACCAACCAGCAGGCCUCGUGCCACCAGUGGAGACGGGGGCCGUGCCACCGCCGUGCCACCUGACGGAGGGCGUGGUCCCCGUGCAGUACGCGGCGGAGGCGACGGUGUUCGUGCCUGCCGCCAGCUCUGUGCCACAGCCACAGCUGCCACGGGCUAACUCAGAAGGCAUCUUGGAUGUCACCAUCUACUACCGGGGGAAGGAGUUCCAUCGGGAGGUGGUUGGGGGCAGCCAGUGCCUGCUGACGUACCAGCUCCCCGAGGCCCCGUGCCCCUGGCACGUGGUGCACUUCCCCAGCCCUGCCAGCGUGGCCGACGGCAAGCAGCGGCGCAUCACCGAGGAUCUGCUGGGCAACGUGGGACUGCAGCUGGAGAUUCGCGCCUCCAAGGUCUUUGCCACCCGCCGGGAGAAGUGCAAGGUGUUCUGGGCCUUGUCCCAGCAGCUCGAAGGGGGCGAGGAGCCCCCACCCAACCUGCUCUGCCGGAACCAGGAAACACCCAUCUUUGACUUCAACAAGUUUUGCAUGGAGCUGUGCGACUUCCACAACGGCCAAAGGCGACGAUCCCCUGAUUUCACCAUCUACCUCUGCUUUGGGCAGGCCUUCUCCAAGGACAAGCCUAAGGAGUCCAAGCUCAUCCUGGUCAAGCUGGUGCCCAAGGCCUGUGAGCUCUACUACGAGCAGGCGCUGCAGGCAGGAGCCUCCUCCCUCGACAGCCGCACCAUCAGCCUGCAGCUCUCCAACUCCUUAGACCUCAUGGAGCUCAUCGAGCAGUACAACAUGCAGCUGGACUGACCCCUCCUCCCCACGGCCCUGGCACAGGCAGCAGGACCACUGCAUCCCAGGCUCUGCAAACCAGCACCCCCAACUCAAGGACAGCUUCACCCAGGGACCAGUUCUGGAGCUCACACAUUGCUUUUCCCCACCAUCAGCUUCUAGUGUCUGUUUUUGUGGAAUGUGGUAAUUUACUGAUUUCUUUUCUUAAUUUUUCCAAGUUAAAAUAUAUAUAUAUAUAGAAACGUAGUUCUCUCUUGCUGCUGUUGUCUGGAUAUCUGCCUCUGCUAUCAGUCUGAAAUCUUCACCCCCUUCUACCCACAAAACCACGGCGGCCUGUGCCCAGCC